GUCGCUGCUGUGGCGCUGCACUGAGAGGUUUUUUACUACUUGUGUCCGUUGAGAUGGAAAAUGUGAAAUCGGGGACAUUUUGGUGCUGAAAAAGAAGGCAGGGUUUGUUUAGCUGUUGAAUGUUUUAAAUUAUCCCGGGAUUGAAGGACCAUAAUGGGGGUGUUUAAGUGCUGACGUGCCGUGAGAUGGCCCCGGAUGUCGCUGGCGGAGCAGAUGAGAAAUAUUAAAGAGGACUUGGUUUCCUUUUAGCUUCGGCUGCAGGUUGUAAACAGCGUCCAUAUGUCACGGUGAAGCAUGGACGGGUGGAGCCCAAUCGUAGCAACCACCUCGGAUACGGAACGAUCCAGCUCCGAGGGGGAGUACAUGGUGGAGCCCGCACCCGGAGAGGAGACGCGGGAGGCGGCGGCGGACAGAGCAGGGCAGCGGGGUGAAGCGGAGGGUGCGAUGGAGGACGCAGGUUCGGCUGCGGUCGGGUUCGGGAUCAGUGGGACCGGGGAGGGUAAGGUGGUGUUGGGUCGGUUCGGACAGAGAGACGAUAAAGAGCUCAGGUACCUGCACCUGUUGUGGGAGCCCGGACGAGCCGAGCUGACCCCCGGGGGAGUGACGGGCAAGCCGGGGAAGAUGACAGGUAGCCGGGCCAAGAGGCACCACAGGACGGUGCGGAACCUCGGUCCUCUCGGGCAGGAUGUUUACGCGGUGAAAAGACUGAGGGAGGCGGCGAACAGCAACGACAUCGACACAGUUCGAAAGCUCCUGCAGGAUGACAUCGACCCCUGUGCUGCAGACGACAAGGGAAGGACGGCGCUGCAUUUCUCUUCCUGCAACGGCAACGAGGGCAUCGUGCAAUUGUUACUGAGUCACGGCGCCGACCCCAACCAGCGAGACAGUCUGGGAAAUACCCCCCUCCAUCUGGCGGCCUGCACCAACCACGUGCCUGUAAUCACCACGCUGCUGAGAGGAGGAGCUCGUGUGGACGCCCUGGACCGAGCAGGAAGGACCCCGAUGCAUCUCGCUCGCUCUAAGCUCAACAUCCUGCAGGAGGGAGACUCGCGCAGCUUAGAGACGCUGAGAGGGGAAGUCACACAGAUUAUUCAAAUGCUGAGGGAAUAUCUGAACUCGAUGGGGCAGAGUGAAGCUAAAGAGAGGCUGGAGCACAUUUCCACACAGCUGCAGCACACACGCACCAAAGAGCAAGUGGAUGAGGUGACCGAUUUGUUGGCGAGUUUCACGUCGCUCAGUCUACAGAAACAGAAUCUGGGUGACAGGUAGAAGUUAAGGUGUUUAGAGAGCUGAAGAGCAGAAACUGCAGCGCUAGCCUCGACCCAGAUAAGCAAUAUGACAAUAAUAUGAAGGUGAAUAUCGAUCUGCAGUAGCAUGAGACGGUCACAUUUCAAACCCUCGUCUUUUAGGGAAAACCCAUCAACAGGAGGCUAGCGGACAGAAGCUAACCCACAAGUGCAGCGUGGCCUCGGCUCUCUAUUGUGUGUGUGUGUGUGUGUGUGUGUGUGUGUGUGUGUGUGUGUGUGUGUGUGUGUGUGUGUGUGUGUGUGUGUGUGUGUGUGUGUGUGUGUGUGUGUGUGUGUGUGUGUGUGUGUGUGUGUGUGUGUGUGUGUGUGUGUGUGUGUGUGUGUGUGUGUGUGUGUGUGUGUGUGUGUGUGUGUGUGUGUGUGUGUGUGUGUGUGUGUGUGUGUGUGUGUGUGUGUGUGAGAGAGUCACAGCUUUGUGUUGACGUUUUUCACGUUUCGCCUGCCAACAUUAGCUUAUUUUGAAGAUGAUUUUGAGGCAUAUUUCUCAUUAAAGUAUUCACGUUUUCACAGUGCUCUUUAUUUCUAAUGGACAGCGUCUCUGUGUCAUGUUGCCUUUUCUCUUUGGAUUGCAUGUUUGGUUUUCUAUGUGAAAUGUGCUGUAAGACUUGAUUUUGCUGUUGAUGGAAAUUAAUACAUGUGAAUCAAUAAAAUCAACAUGUUUGGCAAAAAAAGGAAAAACAA